AUGUCCUGUAGCAUGGCAGGUGAAGAGGACUUCUUUUUGGAAGAAAAAAGAUUCAAGCAGUACUGUGAAGAAUUUAUUAAACAUUCACAGCAGAUAGGAGAUGGUUGGGAGUGGAGAACUAGCAAGGACCUUGGUGAUGGUUACCUUAGUAAAACACACUUCCAAGUAAGAAAUAGAAACAUCCCACCAGAUCUCAAGGAGAAAAACAGUGAUAACAUUGAACAAACGUUAUUUACACAUGUUGAAGAGUCUUCGGAUGAUUCUCAAGUAGCUGGAAUUUGUGCAACAGAAGAAGUGAUUCGCUAUGAAUAUCAUGUCUUGUACUCCAGCAGCUACCAAGUACCUGUGCUUUAUUUUAGGGCAUACUUUUUAGAUGGAAGACCUUUAACUCUGGAUGAAAUAUGGAAAAGUGUUCAUGCGUGCUACAAGACUCGUCUGCUGGAGGGUCCCUGGGACACUAUUACACAGCAGGAGCACCCCUUACUUGGGCAGCCAUUUUUUGUUCUGCACCCCUGCCGGACUAAUGAAUUCAUGUCUUCUGUACUGACCAGUUCACAGAAACAGAACAGACACAUAAAUUACAUUGUAUUGUGGCUCAGUACUGUAGGCCCAGUUGUGGGUCUAAAUCUGCCCCUGAGUUAUGCAAAUCUAGCACCUAAGCAGAAUACAAAUGCUGAUUCAGUUGAAAGACCUCUGAGCUGAAGGACAGCUGAUGGUUAGCUGUAGUAAAGCUAUUGCAGACUGCCCUAGGGAUGAAAUCAAAGGAAUCCUUCC